GGACGGAAUUUACAGGAAACUGUCGGCAAUAAUAGGAAUAGAACUACUCCACUGAGAAAGGUGUCCACUGCAGCGAUUGCAAAGACAAAGAGGAACUUGUUAAAAAGUUCAAAGAACAGCCAGAGCAACACUCAACCCCCAAAAAAAAGAAAUACUGGUGGAGGAAAAAGAGAUGCGUCUCGUCAGGUUGAUUCCGACGAUGAAUCUCUGAAGGAAUUCAAGGUAUCAAAGAAGGUGCUCAAUCACUGGAACACUGUGAGUAAAUCUACUCAAAGUUUUGUAACAAUGCUGGUAGAUGGCGCUAUCACUGAAGUCCUGCACAGCACCAAGCCUGACUAUUACGAAGAAACCGAUGAAGUUAUGAAAUUGGCAAAACAUAGGACAGCAGCAGCAGUUGGAAAAAUAAAGGUACCCAAGCCAGCUUAUGCAGACUACACAUCUGUUGACAACCUUCUUAGAUUAAGCAAAGAACAGCUGGCCACGGAGCAGACUAAGAAAGAUGAGUUGGAGGAACUCGUUGAUCAGCUGGAUGGCGUUGAAACCGAGCUGGAAGCAGAGUUACAUAAGCUGAAGACUACAGACAUGGAAGAGGUACCAGAAUGGCUCCACUUGGACUAUGAAGACAGCGUGAGGCUCGAUACAACUAACUGAAACCAGUAAUACUAGUGCUGUCUGUGGAAGUAACCAUGUUAUCGAUAAAGUAGUUUAAGAGCAUAUAUGCACUGUAUAUAUAUUUGUUUGUAAAAAGUCUUAAUGUUCCUCCUGCACAACUGCAUGUGAAUGUAUGAAUAUUGUAACACAAUUGUAAUAGAAUCUGCAUAAAAUAUGAUAAGAUAGUAUUAAACAUUUAUUUGACAAA